UCUAGACGUUUUUAAUUUUUAUGUGUUUAUUAUUUUACUCAACCUCUACAUAGAUUAGUAAUUAGUAAUUGCCAUGUUUAUGUUAUUUUUUCUCUUCCCUAACUACUUUACUUGGACCGUAUAUAUAUAAGAGAAUCAUCAUCCUACACACAACUCCCUAGAACAUUAUUAUUAGUAUAUAUACAAGAUGAAAGAGAAAUGUUUUUCAUUUAGAAACGGGAGGACGAUGAUGAUGAUGAUGAUGAUAAUGAAGAUAGUUCCAUCCAAAUCCACAUUGAUACGAUUCAACCUAAUCUUGUUUGCUCUCUCUUUUCUUCUCUCGACUGCUUUUUUUCUCCACCCUGCUUCAUCAGUCUACUUCAGCAGCGCAGCUUCCUUUGUUGGAUGCUCCUUUCGUGAUUGCACUCCCAAGGUGGAGAGAGGAGUGAAGAUGCAAGAACUCAUUGUAGAGAACCAAAUAAACAAGAUAGAUUCUAGUAACCAAACGAAGCUUGAGGCACCAAGUUUUAUGGAAGAGCUUAUAACAAGAGGGUUAGGGAAAACAAAGAUUGGGAUGGUGAACAUGGAAGAAUCUGAUCUCACACAAUGGAAACGUUACGGAGAAACCAUUCACAUACAUUUUGAGCGUGUCUCCAAGUUUUUCUCAUGGCACGACUUGUUUCCUGAAUGGAUAGAUGAAGAGGAAGAUACCGAGGUUCCCACAUGUCCUGAGAUACCAAUGCCUGAUUUCGAAAGCUUGGAGAAGCUGGAUUUGGUAAUAGUGAAGCUGCCUUGUAAGUACCCUGAAGAAGGGUGGAGAAGAGAGGUUUUGAGGCUGCAAGUGAACCUAGUGGCAGCUAACUUGGUGGUCAAGAAAGUGAAAACGGAUUGGACGUGGAAGAGCAAAGUGUUGUUUUGGAGUAAGUGUCAACCGAUGAUUGAGAUUUUCAGGUGUGAUGAUAUGGAGAAGAGGGAGGGAGAUUGGUGGUUGUAUCGGCCUGAGGUGGUUAGGUUACAGCAGAAGCUUAAUUUACCAAUCGGAUCUUGCAAUCUUGCUCUUCCUUUGUGGGCACCACAAGGUAUAGACAAAGUGUAUGACCUAACGAAGAUACAAGCGGAGACAAGGCGACCAAAACGUGAAGCCUACGCAACAGUCCUCCACUCAUCCGAAUCUUACGUCUGUGGCGCCAUAACGUUGGCUCAAAGCCUCCUUCAGACAAACACAAAACGUGAUCUCAUCCUUCUCCACGACGACUCCAUCUCCAUUGCUAAACUCCGAGCUCUCGCAGCCGCGGGAUGGAAGCUCCGACGGAUUCUAAGAAUCAGAAACCCACUCGCCGAAAAAGAUUCGUACAAUGAAUAUAAUUACAGCAAGUUUCGGCUGUGGCAGUUGACGGAUUACGACAAAGUGGUCUUCAUUGAUGCUGACAUCAUUAUCCUACGUAACCUUGACAUCCUCUUCCAUUUUCCUCAGAUGUCAGCCACAGGAAAUGAUGUGUGGAUAUUUAACUCCGGUGUAAUGGUCAUUGAGCCUUCUAAUUGUACGUUUAGUACGAUCAUGAGUCAGCGAAGCGACAUCGUUUCAUAUAACGGCGGAGAUCAAGGGUAUCUAAACGAGAUAUUCGUGUGGUGGCACCGAUUGCCUCGACGAGUGAACUUUCUAAAGAACUUCUGGUCGAACACAACCAACGAAAGAAACAUAAAGAACCACCUCUUCGCAGCCGAGCCGCCUCAGCUCUACGCGGUCCACUACUUGGGGUGGAAACCAUGGCUUUGUUACAGAGACUACGACUGCAACUUCGACGUGGACGAGCAGCUAGUGUACGCUAGCGACGCGGCGCACGGUAGAUGGUGGAAAGUGCACGACGCUAUGGAUGAGUCUUUGCAGAAGUUUUGUAGGUUGACGAAACAGAGGAGGACAGAGAUCAACUGGGAGAGGAGGAGAGCGAGGCUUAGAGGUUCCACUGAUUUUCAUUGGAGGAUCAAUGUUACUGAUCCAAGACGACGACGUUCUUAUUUGAUAGGCUAAGUUUUGUUUUCUAUAUAUGUAUAGAUGUGUAAUACUGAGACUGAUGAGACCCCGUUCUGCUCUCUUUUCUUUUCAAUUUUUUUGUCUGUGUGUGAUAUUUUUAGACCAUGUCAAUAAGAAUCUUACGAUUAUUUUUGUUUCACAACUCAUGUGG